GCAUUUGGCAUUAAACCCCGUUCGGUCACGCUGGCUCAUAAACUAAGCACACGAGAUUAUUAACCCUAAGUUUUGCAAUUGCAUUGUAAUCAAGACCGCGCCUACAAGCAGGCCCCGGGUAAUCAGCUGUACGAGAUGGUUAAGAAGCGCCAGACAGAUGCCCACGACCAGGCCAGCUCCACGGAUUCCGGCGAGGAGGAGCUGCAGCAUCAUCAUCGCAGCGGUGCCCUGGCCUCUGGCACAGGCAUGGAUGGUGGCACGCCCACAGCAACCAGUUGUCAGCACAUAAAGAAGGCGGUGGAUGCCACACGAUUGCGGCGUCAGCUGAGGAACACUGGCCUGCUGUACGAGUGCUCGCAGUGCCAGAAGCUGGGCCAGGCCAAGACCGCUGGAAACGCAGAAUCAACUGGAGGCGGCGAAUCCGGCGACUAUGAGUUUGAUAGCACGCUUUGGUUGUGCCUCAAGUGCGGCAGCCAGCUGUGCGGGCGAGCCAGGAAGAAGCAUGCCCUAGAGCACUACCAGACACCGCACUCGGAUUCGCACGCCUUGGCCAUGAACACUCGCUCCUUUGACAUCUGGUGCUACGAGUGCGACAUGAAGAUCUGCUCCAAUAUGCGCAAGAACCUCCUCGAGUGCGUGGAGCUGGUCAAGCGGCUGGCCCAGAAGCCGCCUACAACGACCACCGCCACGCCCAGUCCGCCCACCAUUAGCUACAUUGAGCAAAAGUUCAAGUCCACGCUAGAGCAUCUAACGCCCAUGGUGCCCAUGACGGGCGGUGGUUCGCCAGCCAGCCAGGAGGCCAUACCACUGCCACCACCACCAACGACGUCGUCCUCCUCAGGUUCCCUGACCCUGGUGCCGGGCAUGGCCAAGAGGAUUGGCCAGAGCCAGGGACAGGCCAGUGCCAAUGUGCCACGGCCCAGCCUCAACGAGCUGGAUCGGCUGCCCAGGGUUCGGGGACUGACCAAUUUGGGCAACACUUGCUUCUUUAAUGCGGUGAUGCAGUGCCUGGCCCAGACGCCCUUCCUUCUGUCCGAUCUGAGGGACCUGGCCGAGCCGGGAGAGGAAUUCACUCUGCCUGGCGGCACCUUCAACUUUAAGGACAAGGGCGACAUUGAGCUGCCCAAGAUCGAGGGUAAACUCUCCUCCUGGGGUCCCCUCACCGCCGCUUUGGCCAAUGCCCUCGAGGAGCUCCAAGCCGGCGGCAGUGUCUUUACGCCCAGCAAACUCUUCGACAAGCUGUGCACCAAGUGCCCCCAGUUUACGGGCGGCGAUCAGCACGAUGCUCAUGAGCUGCUCCGCCAGCUGCUGGAGAGCGUGCGCAACGAGGAUCUGAAGCGGUAUCAGCGCGUCAUCCUGCAGAACCUCGGCUACAAGGACCAGGACAUCAACAGCGUGUCGGAGGAGAUGCGGCAAAAGUGCAAGAUCUAUGGCAAUCAGGCUGGUGAUCGCAUCCUGCGCCCGGAGCAGGUCUUCCGCGGCUUUCUCGUGUCCACGCUCACCUGCCAGGACUGUCACAGUGUGUCGUCGCGGCAUGAGUACUUCCUGGACAUGUCGCUGCCGGUGGCCGUGGAGAAGCCACAGCCGCCGCAGCGUCGCAAACCGAGUCCCGAGCUCUCGCUUCUGGCCAGCGGUAGCUCCAUUACCACGACCUCUGCCAGCGGUCAGCCGACGGUUAUCAAUACCAAGUUCUCCGAUGGCAAUGUGAACUUUACGGCCUCGUCCUCCUCCUCCUCCUUCUACCUCCACGGGGAUCUGCCGGAGCAGCAGCAGCAGCAGCCGCUGGGUCCCUCCAAGUCGCAGGUGAAAAAGGAGAAGGAGCGGGAGCGCAAGGCCAAGCGAGCGGCCAAACAUCAGCGCCUCAAGCAGGCCCAGAAGCUCAGCCUCAAGCUGAACGGGAAUGAGAAUGGAAAUGGGCUGGGCUCUGGCGAUGGGCAGGCGGCGGCGCCGGAGCAGCCCAACCAGGAGACCACGUCGUCCAGUCCGACCACCUCAGAGCAUUCGGAUGCCGAUGUGGAGGACAAUCUGGUGGAGGACACGGCACCGCCAGCCGCCGCGGGAGCCAAAUUUUACACGGACAGCAAUGGCAAUGCCCAGCCGCUGGGCGAGAAGCGUGACGAUACGCCCGAGCACAUGGACAAGGAUUCACUGGAGGAGGAUGAGAAUGACUCUGGCAUAGCCACCAGUCCCGCACCGACCAGCACCAACGUACCAACCGGCACUAACUCCUCCUCAUCCGCCUCCGUGGCUGGAACACUUGACGAAGCAGAGGCGGAGGGCGAGGCCAAGGUCACGGCGGCAGCCAGCCUGGUGAGUGCCGGCCUCUCGGAGAAGGGAGCCUCCCUCAUACGCCAGCUGUCCAUUGGAGCCGAGCAGGGCGGACUAAAUGGCCUAGAAGCAGCGGGAGGAGGAGGAGGAGCAGGAGGAAACGGUACCGAGAACGAAGCCCAACCUCCCAGCCAAGCUCCCACGCCAGCCCAGGCCCUAGCCAAGGCCCAGGCCCGGGCGAAACGUGUACGCACGCAAAGCUACUCGGAUUGGAGCACCACGAUAGCACCGCGCUAUCAGUGCGAGGACGGCGAAUGCUCCGUCCAAUCCUGCCUGAACAACUUUACCGCCGUGGAGCUAAUGACUGGCCAGAACAAGGUGGGCUGCGAUAGCUGCACCCUGCGCCUCAACGGCAGCGAUCCAAAGGCCAAAUCGGUGAACACGAAUGCCACAAAGCAGCUACUUGUGUCCAGUCCCCCGGCAGUGCUCAUCCUCCAUUUGAAGCGCUUUCAGCUGGGGCCACGCUGCAUCUUUCGGAAGCUAACGCGACCCGUGAGCUAUCCCAAUCUGCUGGACAUUGCCGCCUUCUGUGGCUCCAAGGUGAAGAAUCUGCCGAAUAUUGAUCGCAAGCAGAAGAAGCUGCUGUAUGCCUUGUACGGCGUUGUGGAGCACUCGGGCGGCAUGUACGGUGGCCACUACACGGCCUACGUGAAGGUGAGGCCCAAGGUAACGCCGGGCGACAAGCGUUACAAGUUUUUGCCGCUGGGCAGCAAGGCGGAACUGGAUCAGGAUGAUGAGCAGCUGAAGAAACUGGAGGAGCUGCAGGCCAAGCGAAAGGCACGUGAUUUGCAUAUGCAGGCAAUGGAUGACAGCGAUGACUUUUCCAGCAGCAAUUCGUCCACCUCGGAUGAUGCAGGGCAGCAGGAGGAAACGCUGCUGCCGCCGCCGCAGGAGGAGGAGGCCGCCCAUGUCCAGGCGCCGCCAGGCAAAUGGUAUUAUGUGUCCGAUUCGCGGGUCCAGGAGGUCAGUGAGGACUCGGCGCUGAAGGCGCAGGCCUAUCUGCUGUUCUACGAGCGCAUCUACUAGGUGGGGGGAGGGCAGGAGGAGAAGCUAGCCUAACAUUUAUUCACUGAUUUCAUUAUUUACUUUUGUUUUCUUUUUUUUUUAAAUUUAUUCUCUGCAUUUAGGAAAGGGGAAAGGGAUUUAAACACGAAGGAACGCUAGGAACUAGGGGUAGCGAGAGAGAGAGAGGGCAGCAAGAGACCUUAUACUUGUCUCUUUCUAAGCCAGCAAAACACUUGAUUGUUUAUUAGUUUUUCUUAACAUUUUUUUUUACAUUUCUAGGGAAAAGACAGUUUAUUAGUUCUUAGUUAGUUGGAAACGUUUUAAAUUUAGUUUUUUUCCAAGCCAGGACAGCAGGAGAAUGCCGGAAUCCAAGAGAAGAGAAACCAUUUGCUGAUUGAGGAGAAUGUUCACAAGUUAUAAACGCAAGAAAUACGAAUGAAAAAUAAAGCCACAACCAAUUGCUCGCUUCUGCCAAUAAAUUUAACUUUGCAGUAACCUUAACUUAUAUACUUAUAUACCAUAUACACACACAUUAUAUAAAGGGGUGCAAGUGUUUCCGAGAGAUUUAUACUUCUCUAGCGAAACAUAAAUACACAACUAUACAGACAGUUAAUCUUAUGAAUUAGGCUUAACUAACGAUUUAAUUAUGAUAUACAGAGUAAUUAAGGAGAUGUUUUUAUCGGGAGAUCCCAAAAACCAUUCAAAAAGUCCAGAGAUGUGAGCAAUUAAAGCCAAUUCAAGUGUAAUUUUUCCAUUCAUUUCUUUUAUUAUUAAUUAUUUUAUUUAACAGGUAUUGUAAAAUAAAGAACGUAAAGCUGCAACUUUUGUAAAAAUAAGCCAGAAAAAACGUUUUAGGUAUUUUUAUUUAAAACGAAAAUAAAUGAAUAAAAAUAAAAACAAACUAAAA